AUGUUCCAAGCUGCCCAGGUUCUCUGUGGGGAUGAGAAACCCUAUAAAUGCACCGAGUGUGGGAAAGGCUUUGGGCAGGAGAAGAUCCUCCGAGAGCAUCAGAGAAUCCACACAGGCGAGAGGCCGCACAAAUGCGCUCACUGCGGGAAAAGCUUCACCUGGAGCACCAGCCUGAUCAAGCACCAGCAGAUCCACACGGGCGGCAAGCUGCACGCCUGCACCGCGUGCGAGAAGAGCUUCCGGUGGCGGCACAGCCUCCUGCAGCACCAGUCGGUGCACAGCGGCGAAAAGCCGCACACCUGUGCCCAGUGUGGCCGCAGCUUUGUGGAGAAGCAGGCGCUGAAGAAGCACGAGAGCAUCCACACGGGGGAGAAGCCCUUCACCUGCAGCGAGUGCGGGAAGAGCUUCCGGCAGAAGGGCAACCUGGUGUCGCACGAGCGGAGCCACCUGGAGGAGAAGCCGCACCGAUGCCCCGAGUGCGGGAAGUGCUUCCGGGAGCAGCGCUUCCUGGCCACCCACCAGCGCACCCACACCCAGGAGCGGCCCUACCAGUGCGCCCAGUGCCAGAAGCGCUUCAGUGCCAAGCAGGGGCUCCGCAUCCACCAGCGCCUGCACACCGGGGAACGGCCCUUCCACUGCCCCCUCUGCGGGAGGAGCUUCACCGAGAGGAAGAACCUCAACAAGCACCAGCGGACGCACAGCGGGGAGACCCCCUACACCUGCGGGGAGUGCGGGAACAGCUACACCCAGAAGUACAGCCUGAAGGUGCACCAGCGAACCCACAGCGGGGAGACCUCCCACACCUGCAGCGAGUGUGGGGAGAGCUUCAAGCAAAGGAACCACCUGGUGAGCCACCAGCGGAGCCACAAAGCCGGGAGCCUCUACAUAUGCGCCGAGUGUGGGGAGAGCUACAGCCAGUGGGCGCAUCUCACCGCCCACGAGAGAAUCCACACCCGGCAGAGCCAGCCUGCAUGCACUGAAUAUCGGUAA